GAAUUGAUUAAUGACACAAGAAUGCCUUUUGAUGUUCUCCAUGUACAUGUAUCUGUUGGUUUUAAAAUGUUUUUAAAUUAUACCGAUGAAAAGUUGAAUACUUUCACAGAGACAAGAUGAUGUAUUGCAUGGAUUUUCCUACAAAUUACAUUCAGUAUCUUCUUUCUACCCCAAUGGCUUUCGUCUAUUCCGAUCAAGUCUUGAAUCUUGGAAGUUUCUGGCAUUCUUCCUGAACUUCUCUCUAAUGAAGAAGAAAAGGAUUUGGGUUAAGAGCUUUGAGAGAUCCACCCACUAGUUCCUGAUAGGGUGCAGUCCCAAUCCCUGCUAAGUUAAGAUAUCAAAACUACAUCGUGCAGCGUUGUUUGUACUAGGACUUCAAUCCCAACUUUCUUCACUUGAAAAUCUGCGGAUAAAACUUCAGGAGGAAGAUUGAUGAAGGAAUUCGUUUGUAUGGUGAUUUAAAGGAGACGUUCUUCUGCAAAUCAAGAUGAAUAUGCUCACAAUCUGAAGUAGUCAGCAGUUUGAAGUUAUGCUUGGUGGGUAUCUACGAUGCGAGCUAGUCAAGAUGUAUACGUGGCUGACCUGGCCCACCAAGUCAACGAUACACUACAGUGCCAUUGUGAUGAUUACAGCUGUGAAGGAACCAAUCGCUGUCAAGCACUUCGGAAAUGUUUCUCAUCAAUUACAUCCGUAGAUGGGAUCAUCAUGAGGAGAAUGGGAUGUGUGAACACAGAAGAACAGUACAACAUGUUUUGUAAGAUGCAUCCCUAUCCAGACAUCUCUGUGUUGUGUUGUAAUCAUUCCUUCUGUAAUCUUGAUCUACAGCCAACAUUCUUACCAACCACCACACCACGCAUCACAGAAGAGAUUGGUCACAAAGUGCCAUAUAACGUGACUUACACAGUCUUAGGUGUGGUCUGUCCAUUGAUUGCCUGUCUUAUCGCUUUGAUGAUUGCUGCAUACUGCUUCAGACGUCGUCAUCAACAGCGUAUGGAUGAACUUAACCACCAGGAAGCACAGUAUAGACAGGCUCAUGAUAUCAGAGCUGUACCUGCAGGAGAUAGUACCUUGAAGGACCUAUUUGAUCAUUCUAAUACAUCUGGUAGUGGAUCUGGUCUUCCAUAUCUGGUACAGAGGACAGUAGCAAGACAGAUCAACCUUCUUCAACAAGUUGGCAAGGGUAGAUAUGGUGAGGUAUGGAUGGGGACAUGGCAGGGUGACACUGUAGCAGUCAAGAUCUUCAGUUCCAUUGAUGAGAAAUCAUGGUUCCGUGAGACAGAGAUCUACAACACAGUCAUGUUACGUCAUGAAAACAUCCUAGCCUUCUUUGCAUCAGAUAUGACAUCACGUCAUUCCUGCACUCAGCUAUGGCUGAUCAUGGAGUACCAUGAACGGGGCUCCCUCUACGACUACCUCAACCGUCAUGUGCUCGAUGCCAGGCAGAUGUGCCGUCUUGCGUUGACGGCCUGCAGCGGUCUCGUUCAUCUUCAUACUGAGAUCACCUGCAACAACAGCAAGCCUGCCAUCGCUCAUAGAGACAUCAAAACUAAGAAUAUCCUUGUCAAGAGGAACUUAACGUGUUGCAUCGCCGAUCUUGGAUUGGCAGUCCUGCACACGCAAAGAGAUGAUAAUAUUAAUAUGGGAACGAACACUAGGGUUGGAACAAAGAGAUAUAUGGCACCAGAGUUACUGGAGGAAACCAUGGAUGUUAGGUGCUUUGAAUCAUUCAAGAGGGUUGAUGUAUAUGCAUUUGGCUUGGUGAUGUGGGAGAUCGCUAGGAGAUGCGAGGUUGGAGGUAUGGUAGCAGAUUACAAGCCUCCAUUCUUUGAGUAUGUACCCAGUGAUCCUAGCUAUGAUGAUAUGAGGAAAGUGGCCUGUAUUGAGAAACUCAGACCAAAUAUACCAAACAGAUGGACCAACAAUACAGUGCUUACAUCAAUGGCUAAAUUAAUGAAGGAAUGUUGGUGUCCUACAGCAUCAGCUCGACAUACAUCACUUAGAGUUAAGAAGACCCUUAUGAAGAUCUCAGAAACAUGUCCAAAACUACCCGAUCCAUACCACUGGGAUAAAAUCAUUGCUUAAAACAUCAAAUGCUCUUAAGAACUCGUUGCUGAGAAUUAAUAGUGCUGAUGGAUUUUCCAGAUACAAAGACUGUUCAUGAUCUAGAUAUCCUAGUGGAGAUCUUGGGAACUGGUCCCUGGUCUGUUAUCACUUGGAUGUAAUCAUCACCGAAGCCAUCAUUCAAACAUUGUAAGAUUCCUUAGCAAUGUCAUGUAAAUUUGGAGAGCUUGUGGGCUUUCCACAGACAAUUAUGGUCAAGAAGAUCCCAGAAAAGUGUCUUAUCACAUCAAAACCUUUUUGUAACCCUUGAUCAGUAGAAAGAGCAGCAAGGCUAAAAAAAGAGAGUAAAACAGAGAAAAUAUUAAGUUUACCCUUUGGGUUGAAGAGUUUGUACCAAGCAAACUUGUGCUUUUUGUGAGUUUCAGCAUUUUAUGACACGAAGCACAUAUUCUGUCUGGCAGAUCUAGUGCUGUCAGUUAAAGUGAAAGAUUUGUUGUUAAGCUGGAACAAUUGUUAGGGGCGCAAGCUUGGUUUUCUCUUAUCUUCAUUGCGCUCUCCUCCCUAUUCUGGGUCUUCUAACAAGUUACAAAAAUUCAGCUGUUAGAUUGACUGAGAGAAUAACUAUCAUAGAAUUCUGAUGUUUGUUCCCAAGAAUAAGUCUUGUGAAAUAAGGCCAUGCCAGAGGUGGUACCGGAUACUAUCUUGUACCUUUCUGCCUUUACAAAUGUGAAUUCUGAUCAUUCAAUAUAUACUUUAAUACCUACAUUGUUUAGUUCCAUGUAGUGGUGUAUUCCUUACAGACCAGAAUGAAUAACACUGUCAAAUAAUUGAAAUGAAUUUCAUCUUUGAUGAUUUUCUUUUGUUCUGAGUAAAUCCCCUUUACCUGAAACCCAAUGUAAAUGCUUUUACUCAGCUGUCAUCCUGAAACGUGCACAAGAAGAUAUGCAGAUGUCAGGCAUAGUUGACUAUUUUUAGAUGGGAAAAAUAAGUGUGGCAGGGAUAACAAUAUUGAGAAAAUAAAAGUAUAAAGAAGAGAGAUAAGUUUUACAAAAGUAUUAACAUGCAAAUGCCCCAACUAUAAAUGAUGGAAAGGGUGUAAAAAUGAAUACAUAUUAUAUUUGCCUAUUCAAGCUCACAUGAGCAGAGGCGCAAGUGGUCACCUUGUAUUAGAAAGUUUAUUAUGAUCAGAGCUAAACCUCUGAUAUGUAUCACAGAUGUGGAAUAUCUCUUGAAAUUUGAUGUCGGUGUUUUAUAUAGAGUCUUGUACAUGUAUAUAGAAUAAUCUUUGUAUAUAGACCAAAGGAAUUGAAUAUUACAAUGGUAUUCUAUGAUGUUAUAUGAAAGCAUCAUGCAUUAAUGUUCAUUAUUCAUCAGGAGUUUUUUAUUUUAUCAAUCUGUCAGUGAAUGGAAUUAUUUGAAUUUUUAAAAUGUGAUUUUACAAUUACCAAAUUUAAUGCACAAAUGUUGAUAUAAUUAUGUUAAAACAGUUUAGUUCUGGAUUCUUCAUGUCUUCUUUUUCAGACAUUUAAUUUUUAUUUUGGUGAUUUUCAGAAAUGUUACUCAAUUAUUUUGGUACCACAUCCAUAUGAAUUGGUGUGAUUUCCAAAUACUUUCAAUUAUGCUGAUUAAGACAAAAUCUGUCAUUUAUUAUGAUUGCUAUUGCACUAUCCUCAAUAUCGUAGUAGAAUUACUGAUAGUAGAAUUACUGAAGAGAAAAUAUUUCAUUUGAAAUGAGGGCCCUGAAAUAGAUAUGACAAUAUCAUCAGGGUAAGUACAAAAAUAGAAGGAAAGUAUGACAUUCAAUUUUUUCCUUUCUGAUGUUAGAUAUUAUUGUAGAGGACCCUUAUCAUAUUAGAUAUCAUUCCUACGUCAUCAGAAUUCAUCUUUUAUUUGUGCCUUUCUUUUUAUACAUGUAUAAUUCCAUCAGAUUGCAUGUGUUUCUGUUAUGUUUUCAUGCUGACAUCACUUUUUGUAUCUGUUAUUGUUACUUGCCUUUAAUGUCUUUAUCGUUUCAAAGUAAGUCAUAAACAGUUAUUUAUGUUGUAGGUAAGGAUGGAAUUGAUCAAAUGAAAGUGAAGGCUUUUCUUUUUCAUCUUUAGUAUGAAGUUUGCUUUUAGCUCCCUGAUCUCUGACUUUAUACCAAUUACCUGCCUGAACUAAAUAAAAACUUUCAUAAAUGGAUUUGCUUACAUAUGUCAUGAGUGUUUCAGAAAGCUGUGUGUAAAAUUCUCCCCCCCCAAAAGAAAUCUUAUGCACAACUGGAAAACCAAAAUAGAUUUCAAAAUCCUAACCACAUUAGAUGGAAAUUAGAAAAUGAUUGUUUCCAUUAACAUUAUUGCUGUAGAUAUACUUCUCAUCCAGAGUAUAUAUUUUUUUUCUUCACAAUUUGAAUGAAAUAAUUUGAAACAUUAUGAAUAUUUUCUCAUCCAACAAAGAAAAAAAUGCAUAUACAUAUUUCAUAUUAAAGCAAGGUAUGGUAUACUAUGUUUCAGGAGAACUAUCUAACAUUUAUUUGUCUCUGUUUGUGCCUUGACUCUCAUUAUUUUCUUAAAACUACUUUUCUCUCUCGCCCCUAUAUCUCUCUCUUGGCCCCAAACACUUUUAGUAUAAAUACUCUCCAAUGAGCUGCAUACUAUUUUUCAAACUCCCAUUCUGCCCUCAAAAAGUAACACUUCAGUUUUUACUCCUGGUUGUCCUUGUGUAUUUUAAUGACAACCUUCUAUUGUCUAUCAUCUGUUCUGUAUUCUCAACCUGGCUUGAUUGCUCACUAAUAAUUGAUUGAGGUCACUUUAUUUUGGAGCCCACUGUAAGGCCACAAAGAAGUCCAAACUAAUUAACUUCAUGGUUUUCCGUCAUCAUAGAAAUUCUUGUGGUUUGGUACAAGAAGCAUAACAUUUGGACUGAUAAAAACUGUUUAUUAAAACUAGUUCUUAACAGGGUAUGUUGUAGUAUUAUAGUUUUUAAAAAUACAAGAUAAUUCUGAGUUGUUUUUUUUCUUCUUGAGGCUGUUCAUGCAUAAAAGAGUAUACCAUCUUUAUACAAUAUUAUGUGAUUAUUUAAAUAGAGUGAGAGCUCUCGAGGCUGAAUUUAAUUGAAUCGACUUGAAUUUGGGGGUAAUUACAGUUGCAAGAUUUCUGUAAUAUCUCUGCACAGCCUAUGUAUGGCCUUAUUCCUAUGAUCUGUUUAAAAAAAAAUUACGAUUCAGGUGGAGUGAACACAUCAUGAGGUAGGACUGUAGCCAUCUUCAACACCCCUCUGAAAAAGUUAUUGUGCAUGAUGUGCAAUCAAAUAUGACUUAAGCAUUACAUGUAGAGAAACAUUAGUCACAGUUACUACAUCUAAACAUCAGUAGAACCUCUAAAACAUUUCAUGUGGCACAGUUUAAAUUGAGAACGUAAUUUUAUGAACAGCUUUAUGAAACCCCUUGAGUUCAUACAUCCAUUUAUUCUCAGUGUGUUGCAGUUAAGAGAAAUUUUUUAGUCAUCUUAAUUCAUACAUGUCUGCUAUUUCAUUGUGAUACAAUCUAUUUUGUGAUAUGAACAAAAUUCUCUCUUGUUUAUAGAUGCAUUAUGGAAAUAUUAAUUUUACAUAGAUUUAAACUUAUUUGUAAUUUGAUCUUUAUUGUAAUUUUGUUAUGUUAGAGGGGGGAAAAGAUGAUUAUUUUCUUUAUUCAUGUGAAAGUGUUAUAACUGUGUUAUAAAUUGUGUAUGUAUGAUAUAUAUAUUUGUAAAUAAUGAUGCGAAGAUUUAUAAUUUUCAAGUAUAUGUUUGGUUAUUGUUGAUAUAUGUAUCUAUGGUCAUGUCAUACUUUCAUUUGAUUUUUUUCACAUUUGUGAUAUUCAGAUAGAUAAAUUUGCAGAUCAGUAUUAAAGGCAUAUCUAGGUAAA